UAACCACAGAAGUACCUUAAAAUCUAGCCACAAGUUAGAUUUUAAAUAUAGCGCCAUUGAAGUAACCAAUCAAAUACGUUGAUUUUCCACAAAUUAAAAGCUAUGUUGGCAACUGUUGCCUGUAAACACGUAAUUUAAUUUUUAACCAAGUUCAGAGAGGGCGCUUUAUUUGGCUCCAAACUAUAUACUCUUUAAGAUAGUCAUCUAUUGGUUUGGUUUAGGGUUAUGUCCAUGGUUUAUUAGUUAUACUCCCAUCUGAUACACGCGCUUACCUUACGAGCGAUUGCAAAAUGCCUAAAACUAAAGAUUGGCGAUGUCAUGUAUUUGGUGAACCACAAAAACUUUCUGAAAAAAUGUUGCCGACAUAUAAUGAUAUAACUAAAUAUUAUUUGUUGGUCAGAAAUGAUUUUCCUGAAUUAAAUGGUGGGAAAGACCCUGCUAUCAAAGAUGUGUGUAAAAUUAUUUCCUCUGACAUCGAGAAAAUAUGGAAUAAAUCUUUGAUUCCUAUUCCAUCAACAAGUUGUGGCGAGGUUGAUUUCAUAUUACAACAAGUACAAGGGCGUGAAAAACUUCGCAAUGAUGUAAAAAAGUUGUUCUGCGACGAGUCCAAAAAUCUAUUUGAUAUUGCUACUUGUAAAAGCGAUUCAAAGAAUUUGUGCAAAUGUGCUGUUAAAUUUCCUGUUACGGAAAACCACUUUUUAAAAGACCAGCGAGAAGAUCGUCGAUCGAAGUCUCUACUUCGCAAAAUAGAUGAGAAAAGAAAGUAAAAGGAAUUCCUGAAAAUUUCUACCGAUACUCCAAGUACUUUUUCUUCUUUAGUUGUGCAUUGCACAACUGAAGCAGAAUAAGUACUUGUGCAAGACGUAGAAAGUUCUUCUUCAGAUGCUAUGCAAUAUUACUAUGCAAUCAUAGUAAACGCUGCAUUAUUGGAUUUAAAUACAACUAGUAAAGAAGAUGUAUCCAGAGUAAUAGAUCGAGGUAAAUUACGACGGUAGCGCCAAAAACUUCGGAAAGAUUUACAAUGAUUAGAAAGAAAACCCCUAACUGCGCUUUGUAUUGAUGGCCGCAAAGACAAGACGAUAAAUGUUAUUAAAACUGGAAGCAAUACACAGCGGAAAACCAUUAAUGAAGAACACAUUUACUUAAUAUCAGAGCCCGGGUCUGAGUACAUUGGCCAUCAGUUCACUUAGGAAAUGCAAUAAAAACUAGAAUUGAAUAUUUGGACAAGUCUUGAAUUUCGAACAUGCAGGUGCCUAACACAGGCAUCUCAGGUCACCAGGCAUCAAGCAGCCUUUUGCAUAACCCAGAGGACGUCAUCUUUGGUUGCAAUAGGAUGUGAUGGUACCGCGGUAAAUACUGGGCAUAAAAACCGCGUCAUCGAUUUACUGAAAAAACAUUUUGGUCGCCCUUUACAAUGUUUGUGCGUUUACAACAUGCAAACGAAUUACCACUUCGACAUCUCUUUACAUACCUCAAUGGUACAACAAGAGGGUCGAAAAUUUUUUCAGGUGGUAAAGAACUGGAGAAGCACCUGAACUAUGAAGUAAUGGAUUUUUUAUGCUAUGUUACAAGAUGACGAGUCCAACAUCAGAGAACUAGCAUUGUGAAAAAUAUUUAAGGCCAGAAAAGAAUCAAAAGGUUCGAGAUUACGGGAAUUUAAGCUUCCACAACUAAACACUAAAGCAUUACAUUAAUUAACAAGUUAAUUCACUGGGCGACAAAAAGGUAACUCAACCACCUAUGACUAUAAAAUAUCAUGAUACAUAAAUUACCGAUAUGAUUUCUUCGGGUGACCAUUCCCUAUACUUCCAAAAAUUUCCGUGUCACACCCAAGCAGUGGAACGCUGUGUAAAACUGGUUAGUAAAUCUUCAGUCUCGGAUUGUGGAUCGGAAACAAGAAUUAAAUCCAGAA